AUGGCAAACGACCUACAAUAUGUGAUCACCCUACCGGAAGCGGAUAAAAACAUGAGCGCUCAAGGCGGAGAAGCUGUGGAAGGAUAUACCCUGGAGAAUAUCGAACUGGAGUAUGAGUCCAUUGACAACAUCGACCUAGCAAGAAAAGCAGAAAACAUAUAUGGAGCUGAACGUGAGCUGUCCUUCGAACAUGUUACCCUAAUGAAGAAGACAGAAUGGAGCAAGGAUUCAACUAUUAUCAACGAAACGAUUAACGUACCACGUAGAAGCAUGAAAGCCAUCGUCAUACUAUUCACAAACAAGACAAGGACAGACAGUGGGGAAUAUAUCUACCCAAACAUUGAAAAGGUUAGGGUAACCGUGGAAGGUGUUCCUAAUGCAGUCUAUAGCCAAG